AUGGCGAAUGCCGCCGGGGAAAAAGAGGCGAAUAGUGCUACGGAUCUCGCCGAGAAGGAUGUCUCUGCUUCACCGUCUUCAGGCAGCAUAGCAGAGUUCCAGGGCAUCAAUGAGCGAGCGCUGCUGCGCAAACUGGAUAUUCGGCUGCUGCCUCCGCUGACAUUAUUGUACCUUUUGUCCUUUCUAGAUCGGAGUAAUGUUGGAAAUGCAAAGCUAGAAGGAUUGACAUCAGACCUGAAGAUCUCGGGCGACCAAUACCUGAAUGGCCUGACCCUUUACUUUGCUGGAUAUGUCCUCUUCGAGAUCCCAUGCAACAUUAUUCUCAAGAAGACAACUCCUAGUAAAUGGCUUCCCACCCUUACCUUGGUCUGGGGUAUUGUUGCAACGUUGCUCGGAAUCGUCCAGAAUUAUUCUGGUUAUCUAUCAUCAAGAUUCUUCCUCGGAGUCGCAGAGAGUGGUCUUUUCCCCGGUGUGGUCUACUAUGUCUCGAUGUGGUAUAAGCGCGAGGAACAGAACUACAGAAUCUGUCUCUUUUUCAGUGCCGCAAGCCUUGCUGGAGCCUUUGGAGGAAUCCUUGCUUGGGGAAUUGCGCACAUGGAAGGGGUUGGCGGGUAUCGAGGAUGGCGCUGGAUUUUCAUCUUGGAAGGUUUAUUGACGGUGGUUGUAUCUGCGAUCUCGUACUUCUGGGUAUACGACUAUCCCGCAACGGCAAAGUUUCUGACUGAGAAGGAGCGUGAGUUCAUUAUCUGGCGGUUGAAAAAUGACAGCGAUGCCAUCCGCGACGAAAAGUUCACUUGGUCGGCUGUGCUGGAUUCGUUCAAAGACCACAAAGUCUGGUUAUACGCUCUGGGCUUCCACACCAUGUCGCUCCCGAUGUAUACGCUUUCUCUCUUUUUGCCUACCAUCAUUAAGGAACUGGGCUACAGCGCCGCUGAAGCGCAACUGCUCUCUGUGCCUCCAUAUGCAGUCGCCUUCGUCCUCAUGAUCACAGUAUCCAUCUGCUCGGAAAAGACUCGCCUCCGGGCACCGUUCAUGAUGGUUUUCGCAGGCGUCGGCUGUAUCGGCUACAUUAUACUUCUAACAGAUCACCGAGCAGGAGUCUCUUAUGUUGGAACGAUCUUUGCCGCAGCAGGAAUCUAUCCCGCAGUCUCGCUCGUGUUUUCCUGGCCGGCGGCUAAUGUCUCUGGUCAGACGAAGCGCGCCAUUGCGAACGCUUUGCAGAUUAGUAUUGGGAAUUGCGGAGCUGUGCUGGGCACUCAGUUGUACCGCGCCGAAAGUGCGCCGCAGUAUUACCUGGGGCAUGGCUUUGCAUUAGGGUACUUGAUAGCUAAUAUUUUCGCCAUGGGGGGUCUCUGGUGGGUUCUGAAGAAAGAGAAUCAGAAGAAGGCCCGGGUCAGGGAUGAGAAGGGGUUGAGACCGUUUGUUGGGGAUAUUGGCGACGAUGAAGGGGAAUUCUUGGGUGAUAAGGAUCCCCGAUGGGUGUUCCAGUACUAA